CUAAUGAGAGGGACACUCGCACCCUCGGUGUCACCGCCGGCGCCUGUGACAUCUCCGAGGGAUAGUGUGGGGACACAGCCUUCGGGGCAGUGCCGAGCAGAGCUGUCCCCGAGGAGGGGCGUGGACUGAGGGAAGUUUUAAAGAGCGUCUCAUCAGAAUUCAGAGGACACCACCGCGUGUCCCCUGAGAACCCGAGUUUACUGCGCGCCUUCAGUCAUCCAGGGAGACGAUCUUUUCUCUACCCAGCAGGUGUUAUCCAAAGCCAGUUUGGAACUUGAAGGAGUUUAGAUCGCUGCUGUUUUGCCCGCGGGGGUAGGAUGUGGUGACAGGAUGGGGCUUCUCCCUUUCGGGGCUCACAAUGGCCAGAGAAGAUUCUGUGAAGUGCUUGCGCUGCCUGCUCUACGCGCUCAAUCUGCUCUUUUGGAAAGAAAAAGAAAUCGUAAUUGGAAAACAACUGAGGACCUGUACAAUCUUGUUUUCUGUUCUUUAAUGUCCAUCAGCGUGCUGGCAGUGUCUGCGUGGAUGAGGGACUACCUAAAUAAUGUGCUGACUUUAACUGCAGAAACGAGGGUCGAGGAGGCUGUCAUCUUGACCUAUUUUCCCGUGGUUCAUCCAGUCAUGAUUGCCGUUUGCUGUUUCCUUAUCAUUGUGGGGAUGUUAGGAUACUGUGGAACAGUGAAAAGAAACCUGUUGCUUCUUGCAUGGUACUUUGGAAGCUUACUUGUCAUUUUCUGCGUAGAGCUGGCUUGUGGCGUUUGGACAUACGAGCAGGAAAUUAUGGUUCCAGUCCAGUGGUCAGACAUGGUCACUUUGAAAGCCAGAAUGACAAAUUAUGGCUUACCAAGAUACCGGUGGCUUACUCACGCUUGGAAUUUUUUUCAGAGAGAGUUUAAGUGCUGUGGAGUUGUGUAUUUCACCGACUGGCUGGAAAUGACAGAGAUGGACUGGCCCCCGGAUUCCUGUUGUGUUAGGGAAUUCCCAGGAUGUUCCAAACAGGCCCACCAGGAAGAUCUCAGUGACCUUUAUCAAGAGGGUUGUGGGAAGAAAAUGUAUUCCUUUUUGAGAGGAACCAAACAACUGCAAGUGCUCAGGUUUCUGGGGAUCUCCAUUGGCGUGACGCAGAUCCUGGCCAUGAUUCUCACCAUUACUCUGCUCUGGGCUCUCUACUACGAUAGACGGGAGCCUGGGACAGAACAGAUGAUGUCCCUGAAGAGCGACACCACGCAGCACCUGCCUUGUCACUCAGUGGAACUGUUGAAACCAAGCCUGUCGAGGAUCUUUGAACACACAACCAUGGCCAACAGCUUUAACACACACUUUGAGAUGGAGGAAUUAUAGGGAACGUCAAAGAAGGAAACCACAAAUGUAUUUUAUGGGACUUGUGCAUUUUUGAGCACAUGCUUAACUGCUCCAGAAAUGUGUAGAAAUAAAAAUGUUGCUAUAAAAGGAUACCCAGGCAUAUAAUCUUCCACCUUUUAAAUGGAAGAGGAAGAAGUUCCGUAUAUUAUAAGGCAUCACCUGGACAGUAAUUGAUGCCCUUUUUAAUGGUGAGGACAGAUCUAACACCCACUUUACAGCCUGCGUACGAUUCUUCUGGAACACAGUUAUGCUUCGAGGUUUAUGGUUUGGCAUAGUCUGGCCAGCAUCUCUGCAUCCAUGUAAACGAGCCAGGCUAUGGUGGGAUUGGAGCUACAGUAAAGUUUGAUUUACUCCCAUAAGCUUGCUAGUAUAUAAAGUUCCAAUUAACUGCUAACAUAGGAAGUUAGACAGUACUAAUGACUUUUAUUACUUGGUGAUAUAUUCUUUUGAGGGUAAACAGAUUAUACAGAAGUACACUCUGAAGACUGGUGACUACCUAAAUGUGAUUUUUGCCGGUUACUGAAAACAUCUUUACUACUUACAAGAGCAAACGAAAACAUUGUCUUAAACUGAUCAGGGAUAUAUGUGUAUAUAAGAGUCUGGGUUAAGUCUGUAUAAUUCAGUAGAUUUCAGUUCUUAUAACAUUAAGAAUAACAAUUGUGAAAAGGAUAAAUUUGUCCUGUAUAGCACCAUUAUUUUUAACCUUUCCUGUUAAUAGAGCUUUAAAAUUCUGUCUUGGGUUUGUAUUACAUACAUAACUGUUAAUUUAAAUACUUAACCACUAAUUUUGAAAAAUUACUCGUGUGAUACAAAGGAAUCAUUAUAAUUCAGAAUGCAGUCUGGUCUCUAGGAAGUAUGAACAAAAAAGUUUACACAUAACGUAGUUCAUUCAGCAAAGAUCUGGUUGCUCUCUUUCUGCCAAACUGACACUAAAUACUUUUUAAAGGAGCUUAUCGUUGCCUUCGCCAGACCAGAAGCGGCAGUCUUCAAGUCUUGAUGUAAUUCUACAGAGAAUAGUUUUCCUUUUCUCCAGCAAGAAGCUGUGGGAAUCAUAAAAGUAAGUGAUGAUUUAACUAGAGAUUUUCUUUGCCUUAUUUCACUGAUUAAGAUGCUGUGGUGAAUGACACAGAUUAUUAAAUUUUUUACAAGAGUAAACUAUAUUUAUUUGAAAUGGGAAAAGUGCAUUUUACUGUAUUUUGUGUAUUAUGUUUAUUUCUCAGAAAAUGGAAAGAAAAUUAAAACAUGUCAGAUAUUUUCUAGAGAGUGAA